AUGGUCCCUUGGAUCGGCGAACUUCCACCCGAGCAGGCCUCCACAGCUGCUGGACCAAGCCAUGAGCCUUCUCGACAUCCUCCCCAGCACUCUCCUCAGUCUACUGAUGGCAACCCUAAUACCGCGUCCUUUCUAUCCACCAGAUCCACCCGUUCUUCAACCGGCGAGCCACUCCAUCUAGGCCCCUGCCAGAACGGCCUAGCCCUCAACGCCAUCCUAGGCCGAUACACCGAGUGGCCAUGGGAGUAUCUCCCGGGCGGGCACCACCCCGUACAUCUAGGCGACCUUCUCGGCCCGAACCAGGACUUCAAGGUAAUCCACAAGCUGGGCGCCGGCGGGUACGGGAAUGUCUGGCUGUGCCGCUUGCUGGGUAUGGAGGAGCCCAUGUACGUGGCCAUCAAGAUCCUGAAGGCUGAAGUCUCUGGGGAAUAUUGCAGGGAGCUAGACAGCGCGCUCAUGCUCAUGGAGAAAAUGAAGCAGGAUCCCGAACUUGAGGAUUGGUGCUUGGUUCCGUUUGAUGUGUUUACGCUCACGGGGCCGAACGGGACGCACCAGUGUUUUGCGUAUGAGGUUGCCGCGUCGGGGAUCGAUGAUAUUGCAAGGGGGGUUGAUGAUGUCGAUGGCUUUUUAAGGGGGCUGGCGAGGCAGACGGCGGAGGCUAUGGACGUGCUGCAUCGGAAUGGUAUUGUGCAUGGAGACUUCCGCCCCUCGAAUAUCCUCUUCCGCCUGACCGGGCUAAAUGGAAUGCCAGAAGACGAGGUCAUGGACCUCCUGGGCGAGCCCAACGGCGCAGAAGUAAUCGUAUACGAAGACGCCGACCCAAACGCCCAUCCCCCACGGUACAUUCUCAAUCCGGUCGACUUCGACUCCAACAUCCUAGCCAAGCUAGGCACGACUCGGAUCUACAUCGCCGACUUCGGAGAGUCGUUCGUCGCAGGGGAGCCGCCGGCCCACGGCUCAGGCAUCCCAUACCGCUACGCAGCGCCCGAGGUAGCCCUGGACGACUGGGCGAGCAAAGAAACCGACAUCUUCGCGCUGGCCGCGACCAUGUACGAGAUCCGCUUUGGGAGGAAGCUGUUCACCAUGCCGGCGGACUCGCUCGAUGCCUACGUCCACUACCUCGUGCGAUACUGCGGCAGGUUGCCGGAGAUUUGGUGGCGCAAGUGGAAAGGGGUAUGGAGGGAGGUGACGCACCAAGCGGACGAGGAGACGCUCGAGGGCGAAGAGACGGUGAGACGGUGGCAUAUUCGCAAGGCUGUCUGUGCGAAGGUUGGCCAUCGCAUCACGACGCUUCAUGAUUGGGAUGAUCUUGCUAGCAUGCACUCGGAUGGUCCGUUUGUGCGCCCUGAGUGGCAUGGGGCUAUCCCGUCCAAGGAGAAGGUUCUCUUUGCGGAUUUGCUAUAUCGUAUGACGGCGUUGCAUCCCAGAGAGCGGUAUACGAUUCAGCAGGUCCUGGGGCAUCCCUGGUUUCGGUAUAGAGUUGAUCAGGCGUACGUUCCGCGUCGGGCUGAGAGGUUGCAGGUUGAUGAGAAUAAGCCCCGACUUGGGUCAGUUCGUGGCCAUGUGCCUGCUAAGCACGCUAUUCAGCCUCAAAACAUUGAUGAAAGUGAAGCUCAACAGGAUGUGGUAGAUGGGAACGUGCCCGACAAGGCUGAUCUGUCCCCGGCGCAACCGAAUGAAGUCAAGACAUUGCCAUCUGACGAUGACGACGCGAUGAUCAUCGCAGAGCCUCAGCCCAUCGUGGAAACACCUAUAGCAGAGCUAUCACAAUCAAGGGAGCACACAGGAUCUCAAACCGUCACUCUUGAAGUCCCGACACCACGCCCCAGGCCGAGAGCAGGCUCGCCAUAUCCCGCCGCCAUCAUCGCACGGCUGUCAACCGAGGGCAAUGCGUCCUUCUUUGCCUCCAGCGUGCACUCCCUCGUGGUUGAGGCAAACGAGUCAUACCACACCACGGAGUCAGAGCGAGAGCUCGACGACCUGGACUCCGUCCGGGGUGUCAAGUCCAUCCCUAGCCCCAGGUGGCCGCUGCUUGACGAGCGCAGGGGGUUUUACAUGGCUUAUGGCGAGUUGGCUGAUGGCGAGUUGCCUCUUAUGAGCGGUGGCUUAGGGCUGGAUCCGGCGGAGAAAGGGAGGAGGAGGAGGAAGAAGCAUGGGAGGCGCUCCAGGGUGGGUUCGGUCUUUCGGUCGGUUGGUCGCGCUUUGCGUUCUGUUUUCACUUAG